GACGUGCAGGAGAUCUUCCGGCUGACGCCCCACGAGAAGCAGUGCAUGAUGUUCAGUGCCACUCUAAGCAAGGAUAUCCGGCCCGUCUGUAGGAAGUUCAUGCAAGACCCCAUAGAGGUGUUUGUGGACGAUGAGACCAAGCUCACGCUUCACGGGCUGCAGCAGUACUACGUCAAGCUCAAAGACAGCGAGAAGAACCGCAAGCUCUUUGACCUCUUAGACGUGCUGGAGUUCAACCAGGUGGUGAUCUUCGUGAAGACGGUGCAGCGCUGCAUGGCCCUAGCCCAGCUUCUUGUGGAACAGAACUUCCCAGCCAUAGCCAUCCACCGGGGCAUGUCCCAGGAGGAGCGUUUGUCCCGCUAUCAGCAGUUCAAGGAUUUCCGGAGACGUCUGCUGGUGGCCACCAACCUGUUUGGUCGAGGAAUGGACAUCGAGCGCGUCAACAUCGUCUUCAACUAUGACAUGCCUGAAGACUCCGAUACCUACCUCCAUCGGGUAGCCCGUGCAGGUCGCUUUGGCACCAAAGGCCUGGCUAUCACCUUUGUGUCUGACGAGAAUGAUGCCAAAACCCUCAAUGAAGUUCAGAACCGGUUUGAGGUGAACGUGGCACAGCUUCCCGAUGAGAUCGACAUUUCUACAUACAUUGAACCGAGUCGACCAAGCUGA